CCACAACUCCACAAGGGACUUCCAUUUGCCAAUUUGCGCCAGCAAAGUAGCAAAACCCCUUAAACCCCUUUUCUCCCCCUCUCUUACCGCCGUCCGCCACCGAGAAGUCUAUCUGAUAAUCGCCGCCGCUGCCGCCGCCAUGACUGUCCUUGAGCAAAUUCUGAAAGCUUCAACCAAUCCCCAACCCAUCAUUAACGAGCCUCUCAAAUACCCUUUUAACCUCAGCGCCGAAACCAUCAUCCCUAAUCUCAAACCCCAUUCCCAAGACCUUCUAUCUCCACUGCAGCCUCUUACUGGGUUCGAAAUAUCUCAAUCCGAUGUCCAACUCAUUGAAAUCACUUCCAAGUUCUUCAACACACUCAAGCGUAAGCUCAAAUCUCCUCAAUCUUUCUCAUCGUCUUCCUUCAUUAAAAUUUUCAACUCUUUUCUUCAAGAAUUUGGGGAGAAAAAAUUUGGGGCUUUAGAUGGUUUGGUUUCGAAAAAGGGUGUUGAUGUUAAUGGUGAAGAGUAUUCUUGUAAAUUGGUUGAAAAGCUUGGGUCGUUUAUUGGGAGGGAUGUAAUGGGGUUGGUGAUUCAGGGUUGUCUUGUUUUGGGUAAUUGGAUGAUUUUGGAAACCCUAAUUGUCAACAAGCUUGUUAUUGAUCAUGGGAUUCGUUCGGAUUUGUUGUAUAAUCUGGUUACUAAAGGGCGGUGUGAUAUAGUGUGCUUGUGUUUGAGGAAUUUUACUGAUUUUGAUUCAUCUGAUUUGGGUAGGGUUUUCAAGUGUUUGCUUUCACCUUCGAAAGAGGGGUGUUUGAACAUGGUUACUGUGAUGAAUGAGUGGGAGAGUGAGGCUAAUGCUGCUAUUGAGAAAGUGGAAGAUAAGAAGCUGAGUGGUAAGAAGCUUGGGUUAGCCAAGGAGGCUGCUUUAUUGCUUAUGAUUGGGUAUGAUCAGUUUUCACCUAUGGAGUUGUGUUUGCACUUUUUGUUGUCAUCCUCAAAUGUGGAUGAAGUGGUGUUUUCGAGUGCGUUGAGUAAGCUCAAUGCUGAAGAAAUGUUGAGUUUUGUUAGGUAUUUGGGGAAGUGGUUGAACAAGUACGAGAGGUUUCCUCAGGUCGGUCCGUGUCCUAAGGCUGCAACUACGCUGGGAUUGAACUUGUGCCAAUGGGUGCCGAAGCUUGAAGAUGUAGUGAAAGCCCUUGGUUUGGUUGUUGAUGAGCACUUUUCGUCAUUGGCUUUGCAUUCAGAGUUUCAUGAAGUGUUGAAAGUGGUUGAAGGGGUAGUGAGCUCUUUGGUUUCUGAAGGGAGACUGUGUUGCUCUGUGGCCAAUUUGAUUGAGAUUCUCAAACCAGAAGGUGGAGGUGCGUAACGUGGAUGACUUCCUUGUGUUUUAAUAGACUAUGUUCUGAAAAGAAUGUCAAUUUUGAUGUUAUAAACCAAUGAAAUUUCAAGAUAACUGAGUGUUAGCUAUUAGUUUUGAAUUCUGUGAGGCGUUGUUGAUACAGAAUUUGCUAGUAUUAUUCGAAAUAUUUAAUGAAUACUUUGAUAACUCGAGUGUUGAAAUUUAAUGCAAUUUUUAGUUCACUUGUC